UAUAUAAUAUGUACCUACUGUCCAAGAAACCAAACUGCAGACUAAACUUUGAAAAACAGAAUGAAGCUACAAUAUUUGUCGUUACUAGUAUUAGUGACUCUUACUGGAACGAAAUGUGAUUCGGGAGAUGAUCUCACAACACCAGUAAAUUUCAAUGAUGCCAAUUUAAACACAAGUGAAGUUGUGUUCGAGACAUACAAAGUAUUAGACCGCGGAAUGAAGAGUACCGACCGAAAGGGCUCCCAUUUUGACUUAUACCCCACUAGAAUCCUCAUACACGGGCACGGCGAAAACGGUCAAAGUUCUUGGGUACUAACGGCAAGGAAUGCUUACUUAGGUCUCAGAGAACCUCACAAUGUUGUUAUUGUAGAUUGGGCAACAGGAGCUGCCCCAUACGAGACAGCUGCGGCGAAUACAAAACCUCUUGGAGAACUUAUUGGAAAGUAUAUUCUCGAUAAUGAACUUGAGCUAGAAAAGUUGCAACUUAUUGGUGUUGGUAUGGGCGCCCACGCUGCCGGACAGGCAGGAAAAUAUAUUACUAGAGUAAGUCUUCACCAUAUAGGUAGAAUAACUGGUCUUGACGUAGCUGGUCCUAAAUUUGAAUUGGAUUCUGUGCCAGCAGAAGGCAAAUUACAGAAAACUGAUGCUUUUUUCGUAGAUACUGUUCAUACGAACGUUCAAAAGUUUGGAUAUAAAUGUCCUAUUGGGCACGUAGAUUGGUACGUUAAUGGUGGAAAUGUUCAACCGGGAUGUCCUGUUUUAGAUUCUCCAGAUUUGGAUGUGUGCAGUGAGUUACGCGCCCCCGACCUGUAUGUUGAAUCAAUCACUUAUCAGGCACCUUCCUAUGAAUGUACGGUAACCAUCCAGAAUGGAUCAUCUGUAGUGACCAAAGUUCCGUUUGGAAGACAAGUGGUAUUUGGAGAAAACGUCAAUUUAUCCGCUAGAGGAAAUUACUCCAUAGAUACCAAUAGCGUUCCUAAAUAUUUGCCACAUUAUAAUCUAAUGGGAGCAGAUAAACAUAAUGGUUGGUCUUUUUAACCCUUUACUUGUGUAUUAGAACUUGCUCUAAUUUAGCCUGUUAGUGACAAGAGAUUUCUAAUAAUAUUAUUGUAAUGUGUAAAUAUUUUAUUCAAUUUAAUUAAAUUAUUUAAAUACAGAAUUUUGCGCC